AUACUUUACGUCACGUGGUCAGAGACAUGCUCUCUGGAUAGACUUGUUUAUUUUCCGUCCUUGUUGUUGUGCAUUAGGCCAGAUAGCUGAGGGGGUCUCGAUUGGGGCAACGUCCCAAGGAGGACAGCUUCUUCUAAUCUAAAACCAUGUCUGUAAAACAUGCGAUCAGUCGGGGGCUGGAAAUGGGGAGGUCUGUAUUUCAGCUCGGUGUCCUGAAACCCGUUGCCCGACUUGCAGCAAAGUUCCGAGGGGAGCGUCUUCGUGUAGGCCCGCCGGCCCGUAGCGUUCAGCCGCAGACUUUCCUGCCUUAUCGCUACCGGUAUUAUCGCAUGUCCCUGAGCGGCUUAGCCGCUCAGCUGCAGUCCCUUGGUUUCAGGAGGUUCCCAGGCACAGGCUCCCCCAGGAACAGGGCCGUGUUUCUGGCUUUCGGACUUGGUUUAGGAUUGAUCGAGCAGCAGCUGGAAGAUGACAGAAGGAGUGCCGCGACAUGUCAAGAAAUUCAGGCCGUCUUCAGGAAGAGAAAGUUCCAGAACCCGCUCAAACCCUUCACCUUGGGCUACAGACUGGAGGACUACGUGAUGGGGAAGCAGAUCGGCAUGGGAUGCGACGCUGCCGUGUACGAGGCCGCGGCUCAUUUGCCAGCACCGGGGGAGAGGAGAGAGUGUUCCCUGGUUGAGCUCGUGUCCGGAGGGAAGGACGGACAGGGGGAGCACGAGGCUCUGAGGUCCGGCUCCAUAGCCAGCUAUCCGCUGGCCGUGAAGAUGAUGUGGAACCUCGGGGCUGGCUCCUCGAGAGAGGCCAUCCUGAACUCCAUGUCCCAGGAGCUGGUCCCUGCAAGCCCUCUCGCUCUGAAAGAGGAGACGCCCGCGCCCGUCCUCGAUGGGCGUUUCGGCGGGACGCCCAGGAGGGUCUCUGCCCACCCCAAUGUGGUGAGGGUGUACAGGGCCUUCACCGCCGAGGUGCCCCUGCUGCCCGGAGCUCUGGAGGAGUACCCCGACGUCCUGCCCCCCAGGCUGAACCCCGCAGGCCUGGGCAGCAACAGCACCCUCUUCCUGGUCAUGAAGAACUACCCGUUCAACCUGCGGCAGUACUUGCAGGCGGCGGUGCCCAGCCACAGGGAGGGCACCCUCAUGCUCCUGCAGCUGCUGGAGGGAGUGGACCACCUGUGCAAGCAGGGCGUCGCCCACCGGGACCUCAAAUCCGACAACGUGCUGGUGGAGUUCGACUCGGGAGGCUGCCCACGCAUAGUCAUCGCUGAUUUCGGCUGCUGCCUGGCAGAGCGGGACCGCGCAUUACGCAUGCCAUUCAACAACCGCUGUGUGAACAGAGGGGGGAACGCCAGUCUCAUGGCGCCAGAGGUGGCCACUGCGGUUCCUGGGCCAGGCAUGGUGAUUGACUACAGCAAAGCUGAUGCGUGGGCAGUGGGCGCCGUUUCUUAUGAGAUCUUCGGGCGGCCCAACCCAUUUUACAGGCCGGAGGGGCUGGACAGCAGACAGUACCAGGAGAAGCAGCUGCCCCCGCUGCCCGCCCGUGUGCCCACCGACACCCGCCUGGUGGUGGAGCUACUUCUGCGCAGGGCCCCCGCUAAGCGACCCAGUGCCCGUGUGGCUGCCAACAUUCUGCACCUCAGCCUGUGGGGUGGGUCGGCACUGGCCAGUCAGGACACGGCUAGCAUGAAAAGCAUUGCCGAUUGGCUGCUGUGCCAGUCUGCCGUGGUGCUCCUGAGGGGGCGGGGCCCUGUAACCAGCAGUGUGGAGGUGGAGCUACAGAGGUGCUUCCUGGCCAACCUGGAUCUGGAGGACCUCAACACUGCCAUGGGAUUCCUCCUCUUUGGACGUGAGCAGCAGAGACGGGGGGUCCUAGCAAAUUAGGCUUUUUGCACAUUUCAGUUUGAGACUUUUUUUUUUCUUUUUUUUUCCCAAUACCUUGAAAUAUUAAAUAUGCACAAAGCCUAAUUCAUUUUAGAACUUACCUCUCUUUCCAGCUGAAUGCAAGACAUGAGGCAAAACAUUUUGGGAUUCUUAUAAGCACUUUUGUAGUUGUUUGCACUCAUAAUUGUGUAAGAACUUAAAUCUUCUCAAUAGGGGUUUGGACACCGCUUGAGUUUGUAAUAUAUAUUCUGAUUAACACUACUAUAAUGUAGGAGUGUAUAAGGUAUAUUUGUAAAAGAGGAAAUCAUUUUAAAAAUGUGUAACCACUACCUUUAUUUCUGAAAAAUGUUAAAGCAUUUAAUGAGAUUAAUUGAUUUCAUUUCAGUGCUUCAUUCAUUUGAAUUGUUUAUGGCUUAGAAAGUCAAAAUAUGUAUAAAUUAUUAGAAACAAAUUCAGUGGUAUCUUUAAAUGGAAACCUGGAUUGAGCUUGUAAAAAGGGCUCUGGGUUGUAAAAAGUUAGCGUUUAUUUCUUCUGUUAAUGGCCAGGAGAAAAUUAUUUGUGCAGAUAUUAAAAUAUAAAUACGUUAAUUUGGCAUGAUUGGAACUUGAAUAUGCCUAUGUAAUUGAUCUGUUUUUAGUUUGAUUAAAGUUCAGCAAAUUGCA